AUGGCAGACGUUCCAGAAGUACCACUUGCAUUAGUCACUAACGGCUAUUUUGAGACAAAAGCUGCUAGUGUUAGACAAAAGCAAAUCCUCUGGGAGGGUUAUAAGCAAUCCAAAGUCUUGUCUGUUGAUCAAGUUGAGCUCAUCAAGGCCAUUGACAAAAAACCUCACGAGAUUAUCAACUCUACUUUCCAAAGCAAUGGAAAGGUCUAUGCCUCUCUCAUCUUGCAUGCCUUGAAGAACAUUGCUCGACCAGACACUGUUCAGUACGUUUGUGUGUUGAGCGAUGACAUUUUAACCGCCGACAACGAAAAUUCCCGUUUCUUCUAUGAGGCUGUUGACGGGGACUCUGUUACUCUUUUUGCUCCAUUUGUCAAAGCUCUCCAGUCGGAUGAUGAGUUUACUGCUCUUCAAGCUAGUAAGAUUUUGACGAUCCUUGCAUGUGCUGCCCCUGCACCUUCCAAAGUCGAUCUUUCGGACCUGUACCGUUGGAUCACCCUUCAACUUAACCAGCAUAGACCAGAGAUUGUUGAUCUAAUCGUCCAGGAGUUGGAGUCAAUCUUGCGCGUUCGACAGUACCGUAUCGCUUUCUGGGAAACACCAAAUGCUAUGAAAGAAUUGAUCCGCCGUGCAGAUAAGGCCACUGCUACACCCCAAAUGCUUUACCAGGUUAUUUUUUGCCUUUGGUUGCUAACUUUUGAGCCCAAGAUUGCUGCUGAAAUCAACGAAAAGUAUGAUAUCAUUCCUCUUUUGGUUGAUAUUGCCAAGGCAGCUGUCAAAGAAAAGGUUAUUCGUGUCGCCAUCGCUACCCUCAAGAAUUUGGUGGCAAAGGCUCCUGCACAAAACUUAGCCGCAAUGCUUGUUGUCAAACUGUUGCCUUUUACUGAGAAUCUUAGCGGACGUAAAUGGUCAGAUGCAGAUAUCCUCGAAGAUGUGAACUAUUUGAAGGAAAAGCUGCAAGAGAACUUCCAGAGUCUCACAACAUUUGAACAAUACGCAUCCGAGAUUGAAACCGGAAAGUUGGAAUGGUCUCCUCCUCACAAAUCUGAAGUAUUCUGGAAAGAGAAUGCAUCAAAGUUGGAUGAGAACAACUAUAGUUUGUUGAGAGCUCUUGCACGUAUAUUGAGUACAGCAUCAAGCCCUCUGGUAUUGGCUGUGGCCGCAAAUGAUGUUGGCCAGUAUAUCAAGUACUCUUCAAAGGCAGGGAAGAGAAUUCUCCAAGACGUUGGCGCUAAGCAGCGCAUUAUGGAAUUGAUGACCCACGAAGACCAAGAAGUCAGAUACCAGGCCCUUUCAGCCGUUCAGAAAUACAUGCACCAAGCAUGGUAA